GCCGCCGUCAGGCGUUGGCACCGCCGGGGAGAGCCUUCUGGGCUCCGGGCCGCGGCUGGCUGGGGGCGCGUUCCGAGGCGUCCUUGGGCAGGGCGCGGGGGCAGCGCCUCGCGUGGGCUCUGGAGGCCGCCGGGCCACCGCUCCAGAUGCGAAAGCCAUGGAGUUGAGCUGCAGCGAAGCACCUCUUUACGGGCAGAUGACAGUCUAUGCGAAGUUUGACAAAAAUGUGUAUCUUCCUGAAGAUGCUGAGUUUUACUUUACUUAUGACGGAUCUCAUCAGAGACAUGUUGUGAUUGCAGAGCGCAUCGAGGAUAACGUUCUCCAGUCCAGCAUCCCAGGCCAUGGGCUUCAGGAGACUGUGUCGGUGUCUGUGUGCCUCUGCUCAGAAGGCUACUCUCCGGUGACCAUGGGCUCCGGCUCAGUGACCUACGUGGACAACAUGGCUUGCAGGCUGGCUCGUCUGCUGGUGAUGCAGACCGAUCGCCUCACAGCCAGCAGCCACCAGACCCUGCUGACCCCAUUUGCCUUGAAGGCGGAAGCGCUGCCUGCCUUGGAUGAGGAGCUCGUGCUGGCUCUGACCCAUCUGGAAUUGCCUCUAGAGUGGACUCUGUUGGGAAGUUCUUCACUUGAAGUAUCUUCUCACAGAGAAUCUCUUCUACACCUGGCUAUGAGAUGGGGCCUAGCUAAGCUUUCCCAGUUCUUCUUGUGUCUCCCAGGGGGAGUCCAGGCCUUGGCUUUACCCAACGAAGAGGGUGCCACACCAUUAGACUUAGCUUUACGUGGCGGACACUCCAAGCUGGCAGAAGAUGUCACAAAUUUUCAGGGCAGAUGGUCCCCAAGCUUCUCCCGAGUGCAGCUCAGUGAAGAAGCCUCCUUGCAUUACGUUCACUCAUCAGAAACGCUGACCCUGACCCUUAACCACACAGCCCAGCAUUUGUUGGAGGCAGAUAUUAAACUCUUCCGGAAAUACUUUUGGGAUAGAGCCUUUCUUGUCAAGGCCUUUGAGCGAGAAGCCAGGCCAGAGGAAAGAACAGCUAUGCCCUUCGGUGCUGCAGAAACUGAAGAAGAGAUUAAGAAUACAGUGUCCAGCAGAUCAGUGCCGGAAAAGGAAGAUGUAAAGUGUGACAAAAGCCUCAUGGUUCAACAGAAUGAACAUGAAGACCAGCACAGCCUUGAUUUGGAUCGCUCCUUCGAUGUCCUAAAGAAAUCCAAGCCACCCUCGAUGUUGCUUGCUGCAGGCCGGCUUUCUGACAUGCUGAACGGAGGUGAUGAAGUCUAUGCUAACUGUAUGGUGAUUGAUCAGGUUGGCGAUUUGGAUAUCAGCUAUAUUAAUAUAGAGGGAAUCACUGCCACUACCAGCCCUGAAUCCAGAGGUUGCACUCUGGGGUCUCAGAGCAGCAAACACAUCCUCCCUACAGAAACCAGCCCCAGUGUGUACCCACUAAGUGAGAACGACGAAGGGACAGCACACACCGAAGCCCAGCGGUCCUUCAUGUCACCAUCGAGUUCACGUACUUCCAACUUGAAUCUUUCUUUUGGUUGGCAUGGAUUUGAAAAGGAACAAAGUCAUCUAAAGAAAAGAAGUUCUAGCCUUGAUGCCUUGGACGCUGACAGUGAAGGGGAAGGACGUUCUGAGCGGUCACACCUCUGUUACACUCCAGGGUCUCAGAGCUCCUCAAGAACUGGGAUUCCUAGUGGGGAUGAAUUGGACUCUUUUGAGACUAACACUGAACCGGAUUUUAGUAUCUCCCGGGCUGAAUCACUUUCUCUGUCAAGUAAUCUACAGUCGAAGGAAUCAUUGCUUUCUGGAGUUCGCUCACGUUCUUACUCUUGCUCAUCACCCAAGAUUUCUUUAGGAAAAACUUGUUUGGUGCGUGAUUUAACAGUGUGCAAUUCAAGUGAAGAGCAAAGAGCUUACAGCUUACCGGAGCCACCAAGAGAAGAAAGAAUUCAGGAAGAAGAAUGGGAUAAAUACAUCAUACCUGCCAAAUCAGAGUCUGAAAAAUAUAAAGUGAGUCGAACUUUCAGUUUCCUCAUGAAUAGGAUGACUAGCCCUCGGAAUAAAGCAAAGACAAAAAGCAAGGAUGCCAAAGACAAAGAGAAGCUGAACCGACAUCAGUUUGCCGCAGGAACAUUCUCUGGGGUUCUGCAGUGUUCAGUUUGUGAUAAAACAGUCCUGGGGAAAGAGUCACUGCAGUGUUCCAGUAAGUUCUCAGACUGUAACGCAAAUGUGCACAAGGGUUGCAAAGAUGCUGCACCUCCAUGCACCAAGAAAUUCCAAGAGAAAUACAACAAGAACAAACCACAGACCAUCCUUGGAAAUUCUUCAUUUAGAGACAUCCCUCAGCCUGGUCUCUCCUUGCACCCUUCUUCCUCCAUGCCUGUUGGAUUGCCGACUGGAAGGAGGGAGACCGUGGGACAGGUUCAUCCAUUGUCCAGAAGUGUUCCAGGCACCACCUUGGAAAGCUUCAGGAGGUCAGCAACAUCCUUGGAGUCUGAGAGUGACGGUAACAGUUGCAGAAGGAGGUCUCAUUCCGAUGAGCUGCUACAGUCCAUGGGCUCUUCUCCCUCUACAGAGUCUUUCAUAAUGGAAGAUGUUGUGGAUUCUUCUCUGUGGAGUGACCUUAGCAGUGAUGCCCAGGAGUUUGAAGCAGAAUCUUGGAGUCUUGUGGUGGAGCCCUCAUUUUGUAAUAGACAGGAGAAGGAUGUCAUCAAAAGACAGGAUGUCAUUUUUGAGCUAAUGCAAACAGAGAUGCAUCACAUCCAGACCCUGUUCAUCAUGUCUGAGAUCUUCAGGAAAGGCAUGAAAGAGGAGCUGCAGCUGGAUCACAGCACCGUGGAUAAAAUUUUCCCCUGUUUAGAUGAGUUGCUUGAAAUCCACAGGCAUUUCUUCUACAGUAUGAAGGAGCGAAGGCAGGAAUCCUGUGCUGGCAGUGACAGGAAUUUUGUGAUCGAUCGAAUUGGAGAUAUUCUGGUACAACAGUUUUCAGAAGAAAAUGCAAGUAAAAUGAAGAAAAUAUAUGGAGAAUUCUGUAGCCAUCAUAAAGAAGCUGUUAACCUCUUUAAAGAACUCCAGCAGAAUAAAAAGUUUCAGAAUUUUAUUAAGCUCCGAAAUAGUAAUCUUUUGGCUCGCCGCCGAGGAAUUCCAGAAUGCAUUCUGUUGGUCACUCAGCGUAUUACAAAAUACCCUGUCUUGGUGGAAAGGAUAUUGCAGUACACAAAGGAAAGAACUGAAGAACAUAAAGACUUAUGCAAAGCUCUUUGCUUAAUUAAAGACAUGAUUGCAACAGUGGAUUUAAAAGUCAACGAAUAUGAGAAAAACCAAAAAUGGCUUGAGAUCCUAAAUAAGAUUGAAAACAAAACGUACACAAAGCUCAAAAAUGGACAUGUAUUUAGGAAGCAGGCACUGAUAAGUGAAGAAAGGACUCUGUUAUAUGAUGGCCUUGUUUACUGGAAAACUGCUACAGGUCGUUUCAAAGAUAUCCUAGCUCUCCUUCUAACUGAUGUGCUGCUCUUUUUACAAGAAAAAGACCAGAAAUACAUCUUUGCAGCCGUUGAUCAGAAGCCAUCAGUUAUUUCCCUUCAAAAGCUUAUUGCUAGAGAAGUUGCUAAUGAGGAGAGAGGAAUGUUUCUGAUCAGUGCUUCAUCUGCUGGUCCUGAGAUGUAUGAAAUUCACACCAAUUCUAAGGAGGAACGCAAUAACUGGAUGAGACGGAUCCAGCAGGCUGUAGAAAGUUGCCCUGAAGAAAAAGGGGGAAGGACAAGUGAAUCUGACGAAGAGAGGAGGAAAGCUGAAGCCAGAGUGGCCAAAAUUCAGCAAUGUCAAGAAAUACUCACUAACCAAGACCAGCAAAUUUGUGCGUAUUUGGAGGAGAAGCUGCAUAUCUAUGCUGAACUUGGAGAACUGAGCGGAUUUGAGGACGUCCAUCUAGAGCCUCACCUCCUUAUUAAACCUGACGCAGGCGAGCCUCCCCAGGCAGCCUCAUUACUGGCAGCAGCACUGAAGGAAGCUGAGAGCCUACAAGCUGCAGUGAAGGCCUCACAGAUGGGCGAUGGGAGUCAGUCAGGCGAGGACAGUUGUGGAGACCCUGUGUUGACGGACACGCUCGGCUCUCAGGACGCACCAGGAUUGCCGACUGCCUUCACAGGAGGGAGAGAAGGAAGAGGCUGUUCGGAUGUGGAUCCCGGGAUCCAGGGUGUGGUAACCGACUUGGCCGUCUCUGAUGCAGGGGAGAAGGUGGAAUGUAGAAAUAUUCCAGGUUCUUCACAGUCAGAGAUUAUACAAGCCAUACAAAAUUUAACCCGUCUCCUAUAUAGCCUUCAGGCCGCCUUGACCAUUCAGGACAGCCACAUUGAGAUCCACAGGCUGGUUCUCCAGCAGCACGAGGGCCUGUCUCCCGGCCACUCUGUCCUACGAGGCGGCCCCUGGCAGGACCAGAAGUCCCGCGACGUGGACAGGCAGCGCGAGGAGCUGGCCAACGUGCACGAGCUCCAGCACCAGCUCCAGCAGGAGCAGCGGCGCUGGCUCCGCAGGUGUGACCAGCAGCAGCGGGCGCAGGUGGCCAGGGAGAGCUGGCUGCAGGAGCGGGAGCGGGAGUGCCAGUCGCAGGAGUUGCUGCUGCUGCGGAGCCGGGGCGAGCUGGACCUCCAGCUCCAGGAGUACCAGCACAGCCUGGAGCGGCUGAGGGAGGGCCAGCGCCUGGUGGAGAGGGAGCGGGCAAGGAUGCGGGCCCAGCAGAGCCUGCUGAGCCACUGGAAGCAAGGCCGGCAGAGAAGCCUGCCCGCGGCAUUUCUUCCUGAUGGCCCGGAGGUAAUAGAACUUAAUCGAUCUGAGAACUUAUGUCAUGAAAACGCAUUCUUCAUCAAUGAAGCUUUAGUACAAAUGUCAUUUAACACUUUCAACAAACCGAAUCCAUCAGUUAUCCAUAAGGAUGCCAGUUGCCCCACAACUCAACCUACUUCUGACUUGGUAAGGACUAGUGAAAAUCAAGUAGACCUCAAGACGGACCUUUCCCAGCCUUCGAAUGUCAGCCACGAACUGUGGACAGCUGCCGGGUCCUGCCAUCAGAUGCUUCCUCUCCAUGAAAGCAGCAAGGAUUCUUGUAAAAAUGAUUUGGACACUUCCCAGACUGAGUCCCCAACCCCCCACGAUUCAAAUUCACACCGCCCUCAGCUGCAGGCGUUUAUAACAGAAGCAAAGCUAAAUAUACAGACAAGGACGAUGACCAGACAAGAUGGGGAAACUGGAGAUGGAGCCAAAGAAAAUAUUGUUUACCUCUAAUUGUGUUGUCAUUUUUCCAAACAAAACAAAACACUGGCACUUUUGGGAGAAACUUUUUUUUUUUCCACUCCUUAUGUAUGUGUGAUCGUCUGUGUCCAAAUUACUUUAAGGAUAAUAUUUAAUAUUUCCUGCAAAUUCAGUGUUUGGCAUGAGUCUAAUUAAAUUAUUGAAAGCAGCCCUGUUUGUAUAAUCUUUAACUUUUCACAUGUAAUUUCAGAUUUCUGGUGGAGAAACUAACUUGAAUAAGCAGAAAUAUUUUAAAAGUUGUUUUGACUCUAGGGUAAAAUUCCAUGUCAAAUCUUCUACCCAGUCAUCUGGAUUUCAAGAUUCCUUUUAAGAUCUCAAUGAAGCAAUUUGGAUUUAAAGAGUGAUAUUCAUCAAGGGGUGAACUUUCACAGUCAGGGCAGUUGCCUCAGUGCCCACAUAGACAGAGGAGGAUGCGGGAAAGGGCUUUUCUCAGCUAGUUUUUAUGUGUUCAUUUCUUCUGGGAACAUUAAAAGUGGUGAUCUGUUACAGUCACUAUUCAACUGGGCACCUGUUGUGAUUGGUCAGUCAUUGAGCCAGGGAUACAGUCCGGACUUGCUUAGGACCUAAGCCUAAGGCUGGUGGGGUUUCAAGACGCAGUUCAGCAUCAUCUUUUAACAAGGCCCAGAGGCCCAGAGCCCCCAGCAAUCAUUUUGAUGUAAAUAGUGAACUUGGUUAGAGCGCUCACAUCUGUCAGCUGGCCUGUUCUGCCGACACCUGGAGUAUCAACUACCACUGCCUGGAAAGAACCCUUCCCUGCGGUUUUUUCAGGGGAAAACUGCCCACUCCUCAUGAAGCUGGCUGCCUGGAUACACUUUUCCACAAAGUAAAACUGGCAUAUCCUGCCUUUCGUGUAGUAUGGCUCUCUGUGUGAGAAACCAGAAGAUAUUUUCAUCUUGUUCAGAAAUACUUGUGUAUUUUGGUGUCAAUAAAUAUCUUUUACCUCAUUUUA